ACCGAUCCUCGAGAUCAUCACUUUGUGUCCGGCUCUCAUCCGCAAAGGUUUGAGUAUUCAUUUAACAUACACAUUUUCCAUGGCAUCCAGCAGCAGAUUUUCUAGCAUGAAGAUGAAUCGCAUGCUCUUGAUACUGCUCCUCAUGGUAUGCGCCUUGUGGGACUUUGGAGAUACUCUAGAUUGCAACAGUUGUGGCCCUGACUGCGUUCGUGUAUGCAACAGCCCUCUGCUGUUUCAAGCUUGCUGUCGCAACACCAUAGAUACUUAGGUUACAAGCGCAUGUGGACGCAUCCGAAAUAUAACGCACAAUACUGCUGUAAAAUAUUCUUCACUUCUACUUCGAUGUGCUUCGUUGAAUCCAAAAAUGUUGUAUGUUACAUAUACUCAGGGAGAAUCUUAUAAUUGUAAUUAUAAACUUUUUAAUUUAACGAUGUACACUUAUUGAAGUGCAGCAGAUUAAAUGUA